GACAAACACAAGAUGUAGCCAUUUCGCUAAUGCUAGCAUAACAACGCUUCUAUUUUGCGCCGGAAUUAUCUACGUCACGUCUCCCCAAAAGCUCGCCGGGCGCGCAGCAUUAUUUCAGUUUCUUCAAAUCAAGGUCAGGGAAGCGGCGUUCCAUUUGCAUGCACCACUUUUUGAAUAUUAGAUUGGGAUUAGAGACAUAGCUAAUGAGCCAGAUGGCGUCUGAUCCGCGGCGCCCUGCCUUCCUUCUCGUCGGCCGCCCCCCCCCCCCCCGAUGAAACACUGCGAGUGCGUGUGUAUUGUGUCUAGACACGUCUGGGUAAUAAAUGGUCCAAUAAAUGAUCCCUGCAACCCAGACCACAUGGCUCAUCCAGCUCGUAUCACACCCCCCCCCCUUCAGUUUUACAACGCAAUCAUUCCCCUGUUUUAAAUGAAGCAAAAUGCAUCAAAAGAGGCCCGCUAGCUAGCAUUAUCGGCGGCAGAUCAAAUUGAUUUAAAGCCGAGACUCGAGCUGGUUCUGUUCUGGCCCGGGAGAGUUCUGUGGAUAUGCGUGUCAGUCAAAGCGAGUUUUUUUUUUUUUUGGUCAAGACAUCAUUUUUGAUACAAUUAAGGUCAAAUGUUAAGAGGAUCUGCGACCAAAAAAAAAAAAAAAAAAAAAAACAGCGCGAUGGCCGCUCGGAUGGGCUGCCCCGCGAGCAAAAUGGCAGACUUCCUGUGUGCCGUUGGGCAACGGACUUUUGCCGUGCGUCCGCUCGUGAUCGGGGUGCCGACCGGAUUUCUUUUGGCUGAGUGAAAUAUGCAUCAAGGGAUGAUUUAAGAAAAAAAAUUGAUUCAAUUUGAUGCCUUUUUAAGUGUGCUAUAAAAAUGCCAGCGGCACGUUGGAGCAGCUGGUAAAGCGUUGGCCUCACAGUUCUGAGGACCCAGAUUCGAUACCAGACCCGCCUGUGUAGAGUUUGCAUGUUCUCCACGUGCCUGCGUGGGUUUUCUCCGGAUAGGCUCUCCGGUUUCAUUCCACAUCCCAAAAACUUGAGACAUUAACUGGACACUCCAAAUUGCCUGUAGGUGAGAUUGAGAGUGCGACUAUUUGUCUUGUUUACCUUCAUGUGCCCUGCGAUUGGCUGGCAACCAGUUCAGGGUGUAACUCCGCCUCCUGCCCUGUUGACAGCUGGGAUAGGCUCCAGCACUCCCCGCAACCCUCGUGAGGAUAAGCAACUUAGAAAAUUGAUGGAUUUUGAUUAAAUCUGGUGACUUUUUAAGUGUGCUAUAAAAAAAAUGCCAGCGGCACGGUGGAGCAGCUGGUAAAGUGUCGGCCUCACAGUUCUGAGGACCCGGGUUGGAUCCCGGCCCCGCCUGUGUGGAGUUUUGCAAGUUCUCCCCGCGCCUGCGUGGCUUUUCUCCGGGUGGGCACCCCGAUUUCUUCCCACAUCCCAAAAUCACGCAACAUGAAUUGGACACUGAAUUACCCCUUGGUGUGAUUGUGAGUGCAGUCAUUUGUCUCAACGUGCCCUGCGAUUGACUGGCUCCAGCACUCCCCGCAACCCUUGUGAGGAUAAGCAGCUAAGAAAAUGGAUGGAUGUAUUUUCCUACAGGUCCCACCCCGCCCCCCCAGCCCUUAUCUCGUCGUUAGGCAUUGACAAUAACUUUCUGCGUCGCGAUUUCGGACGCCCCUGCUUUUAUUUCUUUAUUCGUGUAUCGAUUUUCCCGGGAGAAAGCUGUGGCCCAGUUACCAUGACGACCAGAGCACCGGCGUGGCCGCCUCACCUCACUCUCGGUCUCCCUUCCCUCGCAGCUGAACUGGAGCUGGUUCAGAUAGUUCUUAUCCUGCUGGCGAUGAGCGCGACGGUGCUGGUGGUCGUGUGCCUUCUCCUCCACUACCGCCUCGUCGCCCUGACCCUCCUCGGCAGGCUCGGCCACGUGCGGCCGGACCCGGCGGCGCCGCGGAAUGCGAGUGGGAGGCCGAACGGCGUGCUGACUCAACAGGCACAAGGCCGGCCGAUUCGUGGCCUCCACAGCCGCGCCCCGCCGGUCUUGGUGCAGUGUCGCCUGCAGCCCACCUACCCCUACUUGCCGCAGGAGACCCUCAACCUGCCCCCGACGGUCUGGUUCCCCAACGGGGAGGGCAAGGCGCCCCGCACGGGCCCCCGCCGCUGCUCCCCGCGACACCCCGAGCUAAAGCGCGCCUGCGUCCGCGCCCCUCCCAACCGCACGCUCGCGGCGGACAAUUACACCCACGGCGCCGGCCGGAGGUCCGAGAGCCCCCCGCCCUCCUACAGCGUGACUAUUGAGGACACGGGCUGUAAAAGUGCCCCCCCUGCUCCCAAAAGGUUACAAACGUGCUGGAGUCCGGCGGAGAACAGAACCUCCACCGAAGCCGUCCCUCAUAACUCGUCGGUCACUUGAAAGGCUCAACCAAACCUUUUUCCACGUCAUAUUUAAAUAUUAUCAAAUAUUUUCAAUGCGGUGCUGAGAAGAAAAAAAAAUCUCGUGGUGUUUUUGUCUAUUUUUGUAAGAUUUUUUUCCCCCCUCCUUCUGCUCUCCACUUCACAGAAUGUUCCGGGCUUUGUGAUGCAAAAAUCCAGCUGAAGUUGCACAGAGAAUCCUUCUUAAUAUGCUUUUUAAAAAUGAUUAUUUUUUUUCUUUCUGAGCUGCUAAAGCUUUUCGCUUGAGUCCGAGGGGGCGUCUAUAUAUGGAUAUGCUUUUUUUUUUAAUUUAAUCACGGUAUUAAUCAAGAGGCAAUGAUCCGUUUUUGUUUUGUUUACCACAAACGGCGGCGUUCACGUCACCGUCUCGAGCACUUUUUGCCUCCGGAAUCGACAAAACGCGGGAAGGAGGAGGUCGGUUCCUCCCGAUAAGCCAUGCACAGCCAUGUUCUCUCGUUUUUAAGCUGCAACUGUAGAAAUUUUGAGAGGGAAUAAUAAUAAUAAUAAUAAUAAUAAUAAAAAAAAAAAAGAAUGACCCCUGUCGUUUACAUUUUCACGUUAUUUAACAAAGAUUUUGUAUUUAUAAGGUGUAGCAGUUUACAUUAAAAGGCUGAAAUUGAUGGAAAGCGUCAUUUGGUUUUUUUUUCUACAGAUGUAGGUCUGCAAGUUGUCGAGAUAUGAGAUACAUAAAUAGAUGAGGUGACAAUAAAAGCCCCAGUAAAAGAAAGCAUCAGUGAAAAGAGAGAAGAAAUGUCCAAUAUUCAGAAAUUUUUCCCCCCCAAAAAAUCACAAUUAAGAUGCUGCAUGUUGGUAUGUGGUCAGUAAUAAACCUAUUUUAAUUAUGCCACAGAAAUAUCUAUACAAUCAAAGCUCCGUCCAUCAAUCCAUUUUUCGGAGACGCUUAUCCUCACAAGGGUCGCGGGCAAGAAGAAGUAACAGUCAUCGUCGUAACAGUCGUAAUUUUGCUUUUGAAUUUACCUUGGGGAUUAAUAAAUUAUCUACCAAUAUCUGAACAUAUUGAGCGAUUAUUUUAUUUAUAAAUAUAUAAUUUAUAUAUUAUUAUAAUUAUUUUAUAAUAUUUUAUUGUUCUAUUUUUACGG